AUGCAGCAUAUUUUCCCACAGCACGCGCACGACGUAUUUAAUGGCGUGGCGCUUGUAUAUCCGCGCAAGAUCGACGAAGCCUGCGAGCGAAUACGUGACGCAACGGACGGCUUGGGUGUAGAUGAGAAGGUGCUAGUGGAUGUGUUAUGCUCAAUGUCGACGAGCGACCGAUCGCUGCUUAUCUAUCGAUACAAGGACCUUUACCGCGAAGAGCUCAAGGAUACUUUGAGUCGGGAAACGGUCGGCAACUCCCGUUUCCUUUUGCUGCUGCUAACAAUGCCUCUACCAGAAGCGGAAGCAUUCGUGCUUAACGUAGCAACAUCUGGCAGUGGCACAAAGGAACGACUAUUGUACCCAAUACUUCUGGGACGCACUAACGAAGAGCUCUCGAUGCUCAAGUCGACGUACUACUAUAUCUUCAACAAGGACCUGACCUGGCUCAUGCGAUCCGAUCUGAGCGGCGACUACCGCGAGGUCGUCCUUCUGGCCCUCGAGAGGCUGCAAGUCCCGUACGACCCCAAGAUCCACACGUACGAGAAGGCCAAAACAGACGCUAUCAUGCUCUACGACGCCGGAGAAGGCCGAUGGGGUACAGAUGAGACCUCUUUCGUCCGUAUCCUCUUCUCCAGCCCACGUGAACACAUAGUAUUUAUGAACGACAUCUACAAGAAGAAAUACGUGAGCGACUUGGAGGAGGCCGUCCGAAACGAGUUUAGCGGAUACGCAAUGGAGGCACUUGUGUUUUACGUUCGCCUAGCACUGGAGCCGGACAGAGCAAUCGCAGACCACUUCGAACGUAUGAUGAACAAUCUGGCCAUCGACGAGAAGGGGCUGAGUACCGCUAUUAUCCGCUACCACUGGAUACAGCCGCGGAUUGAAAAGCUAUACGAAAAGUUUUAUAAGCGGUCGCUCGACGAGAGGAUUCGCACCGAUAUGGACGCAAACUAUGGUGAUCUGCUGGUCACGCUGCUGCACAUUCCUACUGACAAUGACGAUAAUAACGACAGCGAUGGCCGUGACUGCCGUAGUGGUGGUCGUAACAGCAGUAACAAAGAGCUUAAGCACGAGCCAUAG